AUGGCACCGGCAAAGGGUGAGAAGAAGCCCGCGGAGAAGAAGCCGACGGCUGAGAAAACUCCGGCGGAGAAGAAACCGAAGGCAGAGAAGAAGAUCUCGAAGGAGGGUGGGAGCGAUAAGAAGAAGAAGCGCGUGAAGAAAAGCGUUGAGACCUACAAGAUCUAUAUCUUCAAGGUCCUCAAGCAGGUGCAUCCGGACAUCGGCAUUUCCAGCAAGGCCAUGGGUAUCAUGAACAGUUUCAUCAAUGACAUCUUUGAGAAGCUUGCGCAGGAAGCGUCGCGUUUGGCACGGUACAACAAGAAGCCUACCAUUACCUCAAGGGAGAUCCAGACUGCCGUGCGUCUUGUGCUCCCUGGAGAAUUGGCCAAACACGCCGUUUCUGAAGGCACCAAGGCCGUCACCAAGUUCACCAGCUCUUGA